AUCUCCAGUUCUUUCCUUCUUUCUUUCUUUCUUUCUUGUCUUUUUUUUUUGCACGAUCACGCGCGCGUUUGUUCGGUAAGGAGUCACGGAAUUCGCUGCGAUAUGAAGAACAAGCGAAGACGUUAAACUUUAAAGUGAAAAGUUGGAGAAUAAAAGCGCAAGAAAGAAAAAGAGAGAGAGAGAGAGAGAGACGCCGAGUUACUGUGGAGGACCGUUAUGUCCCGUUAGGAGAUUUAUUAACGCGCGAGCUGAAGAGAACUUUGGAGAUUUUAUUUCUUCUUCUCGAUAUUCUUCAGUUCUUUUUUUUUUCCGUCCAUCUUUUGAUGUGCAUGGGUCGGCGGUGAGCUCGCGCGCUCCGCGGGAUGGGAGCGAGCCAGGGCAAGCAGAGCGGGAGUGAAGGGAAGGGCAGUUCCAGCAUUUCCUCCGACCUGAGUUCAAGUACGGAUCAGACGUCGACCAAAGCUCAGAAGAAUGUGGCUACCAGUGAAGACUCGGACGUGAGCAUGCGCACUCUGAGUACGCCCAGUCCUGCUCUCAUCCUUCCUCUGUCUUCGCCUGCGCUCUUCAAUGGCUCCUCAUUGUCCUUCACUCCCGAGACUGCUGGUCUCACUUAUCCUCAGCGUGGCAUGUGCCAAUCCAAAGACCAUCAUCAGGGGGCGCCCAUCGACAUGCUGCCUGACCAUGCCUUUCUGCAGAUCUUCGCCCAUCUGCCCACCAACCAGCUGUGUCGUUGCGCCCGAGUAUGCCGCCGAUGGUAUAACCUGGCAUGGGACCCACGGCUCUGGAGGACAGUGCGUCUGACGGGUGAUGUAGCUCAUGUGGACCGGGCAUUGCGGGUGCUUACGCGUCGUCUAUGUCAGGAUACACCCAAUGUAUGUUUAACCGUGGAGAUGGUGGUGUUGAAUGGCUGUCGCAGACUGACUGACCGUGGCCUUUACACGGUGGCACAGUGCUGCCCCGAGCUGCGGCGCCUCGAUCUGGCCGGCUGCUACAACGUGUCCAACGAGGCUGUGUUUGAGGUCGUCUCACGAUGUCCUAAUCUGGAGCACCUGGAUGUCUCAGGAUGCUCGAAGGUGACGUGUAUCAGUCUGACGCGGGAAGCAUCCAUUAAACUCUCUCCUCUGCACGGCCAGCAAAUCUCCAUCCGCUACCUGGACAUGAGCGAUUGCUUUGCGCUGGAGGACGAGGGUCUGCACAUCAUCGCGGCUCACUGCACGCAGCUGACGCACCUGUACCUGCGACGCUGUGUGCGCCUGACCGAUGAGGGUCUACGCUUCCUCAUCAUCUACUGCCCGGCAGUGCGCGAGCUGAGCGUUAGUGACUGCCGCUUCGUCAGUGACUUCGGGCUGCGCGAGAUCGCCAAGCUGGAGGGCCACCUGCGCUACCUGAGCAUAGCUCACUGUGGCCGCAUCACCGAUGUAGGAGUGCGCUACAUCGCUAAGUACUGCUCCAGGCUACGCUAUCUGAAUGCCCGAGGCUGCGAAGGCCUCACGGACCACGGCAUCGAGCACCUGGCCAAGAGCUGUCCCAAGCUCAAGAGCCUGGACAUCGGGAAGUGCCCACUGGUGUCGGACGCCGGGCUGGAGGUACUCGCGCUCAACUGCUUCAAUCUGAAGCGCCUGAGCCUGAAGGCAUGCGAGAGCAUCACGGGCCGCGGGCUGCAGGUUGUGGCGGCCAACUGUUUCGACCUGCAACUGCUUAAUGUGCAGGACUGUGAUGUGUCGCUCGACGCGCUGCGCUUUGUCAAGCGCCACUGCAAGCGCUGCAUCAUCGAACACACCAACCCCGCCUUCUUCUGAAAGCGACAGUGAUACAGACAGCUCAAUGCACAAGAACAUGUCCGUUUGGCUGCAGCUAUGAUGACAAUCACAUAUGUAUAAUGCUAACAAGCUCUGUUUCUAUUCGAUGUUAGCAAUUCUAGCAUGUUUGGGUUGUACGUCGGUCGGUAAGGUCUGUAUACACUAAGAUAACACGACAGUUUACAUGACAGUGUAGUAAAAAUGGAUUUACAAAUAAGUGCCAAAGAUUAAUGAUGCCCCUUUUCCACCGAGGCAGUUUGAUGGCCGGUUUGGAGCCAAUGCGUAAUCGCGAACCUUUUUUUUUUUUGCAUUUCGACAGCCAAAGAACCGACUUUCGGUCAGGAAAACUGGUCCUAGAGCACCAUCAAGACUUCUGUUGUGGAAAGGCAAACUGCAGUAUCUGCAGAAUCACUGAAACUUCAUUAGCAGACAGUCAUUCAGAGCAACAUACAGUGUACCUCGAGUAGCCUAGGGUUAGUUGGGGUUAGGCACCUUGCUCAAGGGUAUUUCAGCCAUCCCUGUUAGUCCAGGGAAUUGAACCAGCAACCUUUCAGCCCCAGAGCUGCUUCUCUAACCAUUAGGCCAUGGCUUCCUGAAAUAUGCAGAUACUGCAGUUAGCCUUUGCUGGACUAGAACCAAGAACCACUUCUAUCAGGGGUUAAAACUAACUAGUCCAGUCGUCUGCCAUUGUUGUUGUGCUUGGCGCUCCCAUUGCUGAGAAAACAGUGGUAUACAGCGACGUAAUGACGUGGCUUUAAGGCCAAUUUAUGCUGACAACGCAGUCCUCGCAGAUGGCGUCUGCGUAGCCCCCCCCCUUCGCAGACGCUCUGCGCGCACCUCCCAAAAAUUGUGACCACCGCAGAGGCCUCGCAGACAGCGUCGCAGACAAGAGGGCUCUGAUUAGUCCACUCUACAUCCGCUGUACACGCACUUCCGCUUCCCUACUUUCCCGGUUUGGUUUGUUUUCACGACCGGCAUUUUUAAAAACACGAGCGAAGAUGGAGCAGCACGAAGAGCGGUUGAUCGAGGAAGUGAGGAAGUACGUACAUCUAUACGACUCCAGUUCUAGUCAUUAUAAGUAACCGGAGGAUAAACACUCCACUAACCACACCCACCAACUACUCCUAGCGACUUCACGCCCCCUUGCGUUGUGGCGGUGAAUAACAUCACGCACGCCUAUUACUCCGCACUCAACGAUAAAUUACAACUGUCUGCAAAAAGCUAUCUGCGAAAGCCUUGUCGCAAGAGCAUGCAGAGGCCCUUACAGUUUUUAGAAAGUUCUCAAGUUGAACCAGCUCCGAACUGGCCGUAGGACCAGCCCUAGGACCAGCACCUAGUUCAUGUUGGUGGAAAAGGGGCGUCUGAUCAUCUGGAUUACUGUCGCUACAGAUCUCCAACUUCUGUGGAUUGAAUAUUAAAUUUGUCUGCCAAACGAAAUGAGCUUAAUGUAUCCAGACCUUAAAGAAGAAAGACAUUAGAUAUGCAAAGUUUCCUCCUCCUUACCUCAAAUGUCAAACACCAUCAGCGAAGAUAUGUUUGUUUUCUGGUUUUCAGUUCCGCACUGCACCCAUCAGGCCGAAGUAGAUAACGAUCCCAGUAUCUGUGUCAAACCUGAUCCAGAUGUUCAGUCACGUCAGUGCAGUGGUUUAGGACACGGUGUGAAUUAUCUAUAAAGGAAAAAUUCACUGCUGAAUUCUGGAAACUACGGCAGCCAUUUUGCAAUCGUUCAGUUCACAAAGCCCUGUCUCGUAAAGUCUGGAUGUUAAAGUUGCAGGUUAAAACUUAAUUUUUUUUCCCUUUAUAAUUCUUCAGUUAAAGAAUGUGUAUGAAAAUUUGGACGUGUAUUUGUGGAAAAGAUUUGUGUCCAUUCUUCAAUAUACAGGAUUAACCUCAUAGCUUCAGGACAAAACACCAAACUUAUCACCCACCACGUCGAGCGCAUUUACAAGGAGGAAACUGAAAUUGGGUACAGGUCGACUUUUCAGUUUUUUGUUUUUUUGAGCACUCUCAACACGUUUUACUGUAUAUGACUGUUUAUUGUUUUUUUUUUAAACCAAGGACUCGUUUAUAUGUGUUUAACCCAUAUUUAUGCUUCGUCUCUAUUUUCUCAUACUUUCCCCUUCCCUUGUUGAAUUAUAUUCCAGCGAUCGUGUACAGAAGCGUAUUUUCUAUUUUUGAAAAGGGAAGGAAUUUUUAAAGGGAUGGACAAUCAGACGUGCAGUUUCCCUUUGAGACGUGGGAACGUAAUUUAAGCAAUAAUUCGUCGAGCUGAUCCAGUAGUCUAUGGUUUGUUUAACAUGACACACUGUUUACACACACACAUGCAUUUGUCCUGAAUACUCGCUCUGUCUGGUUUGUUAAUUUAACGAUGCAUACGCAGAGCCAACAUACACAAUAUACAAUACACGUUUCGUUAAAUUUAAUCACUAAUGAAGGAGAAAUAUUACAUAACGUCAGUGAAGUAUAAACGUACGACAAUCUGUUAGUGACAUUCAAUAUUUGGAUUAUUUCCUGUUCCAACCAACCAACCAACCAACCAACAAGCAGCCAUGUACCAUAUUACACGUUCAUAUUAUUUCAGAAUAGUUGCUUUUGAUAAUAAAGGGUUCACCAGUUCACAACAUUUGAUCAGAUCCUCCUCGACAUACUGUACAUCCCGGCUGUUUGAUUACUUAAUAAACAUGAAAUUCACCGUGGUGCCAUUUUCACGUCCUAAUAAUGAACAGAAUGUUUGUUUCAACUGCGAACAUCAUGGUGAAAUAAAGAUAU